AUUAUUAUCAAUAGGAGGGUUCCUUUUGUUCCCCUUCUCAACCGCACUAUAAAUACUCGGAGCAGUCUUUUACCCCACCACAGAGCAAGAAGAGGUGCACCCGCGGGAUAAGAUUACGCGCAGCUAUACGGCCAACAAGCCCAGUGCGUCCAUUCAUGCCCUCAUAGACCUCCAUCCCAAAAAGAGGACCAAACUCAAACGACAGAAGCAGGUGAUCGAGUGUGACUUAAAAAUAGAGGCAGAGACAGAGGGAAGCAGCGACCUCCUACCCAAACCGAGCUAAUAAAAUGCAUUCCGACUCCAGCUCGAGCAGAUCUUCCUCACCAGACAUGGAUGGGAUGUAUCUCAGAGACCACCUCAGUUCAGUGUCCUCGGCGCAGAACGAACUCCUCCAGAAGAUGACGAGCGAGCACCUUUCCAGGCACGGGGAAAAGACGUCAUCUGGCGGGAGCAAGUACAAACUCAAGAAGCAGGUGACCGAGCAAGAGAUUCAGCAUCUAAGGCUGAAAAUCAACGGACGGGAGCGCAAGAGGAUGCACGACUUGAACCUGGCGAUGGACGGCCUCCGGGAAGUUAUGCCUUACGCACACGGCCCGUCUGUGAGAAAGCUGUCGAAGAUUGCCACUCUCCUGCUCGCCAGAAACUACAUCCUGAUGCUCAACAGCUCCAUGGACGAGAUGAAAAGGCUGGUUGGAGAAAUCUACGGCGGACAUCAUUCUGCGUUCCACUGCGGGACAGUGAGCGGGCACUCUGGCAACCCGGCGCAUCAGGUGCAUCCGCUGCUCGGGAGCGCGCUGUCCUCGUCCACAUCCUCUACCCUCACCACCACUUUACCUGGACUUACCUCCAUCCGAGCGCCUCACUCCUUAAUGAAGAGUGCCCCUGCACACCCUCUUCAGCUCGGCAGCGGCUUCCAACACUGGGCAGGUUUACCAUGCCCGUGCCCCAUAUGCCAAGUACCUCCACCCCCUCAUAUUCCUAUCAGUUCAGCGGGACUGACGAGACUUACGAACGGAAACAAGGAUGUGAUGAAGUAAAUUCGGGACAUCCGAUACAGAAUGGUGUCAAGAUGUACAGUACAGUAAAUUAUGAAUUGGACAUGAAGAAUUGACCUCCAUGCAUGCAUUGUAUGUCUGUUUAUUUGUUUUGCGUAUGAGAACCGUAAAGUAUUCCUCCUUGUAACAAAGACCCUGUGAAAAUACUUUUUUCACGGUAAAAAUGUAGCUGUUCAUUUGGUGUCACCAGAGAUGCAUUCACGCUAUGUAAAUAUGUUUCUUACAAGACGCUCUGUGAAAAAAAACCUAAAGCAUUAAGCUGGAGAUGUCUGAAUAGGACCUCAUGUUUGGAGCACUGAAGCUGAUCGUAGCACAAAAUACUUGCUCACCCGAAAGGGUGAAAAAAGUUGCAAGUAGAUUUAAUAUGUUUGUUUUGGCAUCAUUUGUGAAAGUGAAGAAUGCCCUUUCCUUGUAACAAGGAUGGUGAAAUCGCAUUCUACAGUGUAUGAAAAUUGUAUGAUUUAUAUAUUAAGUUCGGAAAGGUUGAACUUAUAUGGCUCUUGAUGACUCCAUAGAAUUCAGAAAAUACUUUUAGCUUUGCGGUGGCGUAUUGUCCAUAUGUUGAACUUCUUUAGCAUGGCUGCAUGAUUGUUUUGCUGGAAAUAAUGUUUUAUGUCCGGAGACCCCGCGUCUUUAUUUUUGUAUUGAUGACUAAUGAAAUAUUUAUUAUUGCCCAGUGUUCCUGGAUGAAAUGUCAAUAAAACUGAUAUAAUGAA